ACCUCCAUUAUAUCAUGGAAGAAGAAGCAGCUCAGCGACUGGAGCCCGAUCAUCAUCUCACACUUCCCUCUUCCCCGAAUCCUUUUAAAACUCUCCCCCAGGUUUCUACCCUCCCGAACCUCUCCCUUUCUACCCUCACAACCCCACCCCCUCCCCGACAACGCAUCCCAAAACACGGAUCAGAUCCAAUCUUUGUGACCAUACCCCAGGUUUUACCCAUCUGCAGCAGCUACUCUCCCAUCCAGUGGUAGUUAUGGACUCUGGCGUGAUUGAAGGAGGACUCAAUGUCACCCUGACCAUUAGAUUGCUCAUGCACGGCAAGGAGGUUGGAAGCAUCAUUGGCAAGAAAGGUGAAUCUGUGAAGAAGAUGAGAGAAGAGAGCGGAGCUCGCAUCAACAUCUCAGAGGGCAACUGUCCUGAGAGGAUCAUCACUUUGGCAGGCCCCACCACCGCCAUCUUCAAAGCAUUCUCCAUGAUCAUCGAAAAGCUGGAAGAGGACAUCAGCAGCUCCAUGACGAACAGUACGGCCACCAGCAACCCCCCUGUCACCCUCCGCAUCGUGGUGCCAGCCAGCCAGUGUGGGUCCCUCAUUGGCAAGGGAGGCUGCAAGAUCAAAGAAAUCAGAGAGUCGACAGGUGCUCAGGUACAGGUGGCAGGGGACAUGCUUCCUAACUCUACAGAACGGGCCAUCACCAUCGCAGGGACCCCCCAGUCCAUAAUUGAGUGUGUCAAGCAAAUCUGCGUGGUUAUGCUCGAGGUAGGUUCUCCCCCUAAGGGGGUCACCAUCCCAUACCGACCAAAACCUUCAGGAUCCCCUGUCAUCUUUGCUGGAGGACAGGCGUACGCCGUUCAAGGGCAACAUGCGAUACCCCAGCCAGAUUCUUCCUCUAUCUCUCCACAGCUCACCAAGUUACACCAGCUGGCCAUGCAGCAGAGCCCCUUCCCAAUGGCCCCAAGCAAUCAAGGAUUCCAAGAUUUAGGAGGGAUGGAUGCUUCUGCGCAGACUAGUUCCCAUGAGAUGACCAUUCCAAAUGAUUUGAUUGGCUGCAUCAUUGGUCGCCAGGGUGCUAAGAUCAAUGAGAUUCGCCAGAUGUCGGGUGCCCAGAUAAAGAUAGCUAACUCUGUGGAGGGCUCCGCAGACAGACAGGUCACCAUCACUGGUUCCUCCGCCUCCAUCAGCCUGGCAGAGUACCUCAUCAACGCCAGCGUAGAGUCCUCUAAAUUCUCCUCCUCGAACCCUGAACAGACUCACAGCACCAGCCUCCUCUGCCCUCCUCUCUCCACUACUACCACCUCUCCUGCCGCUACCUCCUCUACUGCUUCCUCCUCCUCUUCCUCCUCCUGUUUGGCGCCCCCCUCCGCCUCCAUCUCUCUGUCCUCGUUGGCUCCUCAAGGACCUUCUUCCUCUGACUCACCACUCCCACCCAACUCCCCUGCUGUCCCCUGUGUCUCCAGUCUGCUCAGUCUUAAGCCCCUCCCCCUCCUGGCCCUCCAUGUCGUUUCCACUGGCCCCACCUCCUCCAGUAACCCUGCCCACUCAGCCAAUCCCGAGCCAAAGCUUUCCUCCGAGCUGGGCUCCAAGUCUAAGAGGCGAAGGCUUUCUCCGUACUAAAGCCACGGCCGUAAUAGAAACUACAAGUACAGACGUGAAGUGUGUCCCAAAUGGCACUUCCUUCUACAGUGCACUACUUUUCACCGGGGCCCUCGUCAAAAGUGGGCUCUGGUCAAAAGUGGUGCACUUUAUAGGGAAUAAGGUGCCAUUUGGGAUGUUGCCAAGCUUAGCGCUGUCUGUACCUGGUCCUCACUGCUUUAAACCUGGCUGUGCCCUAUGCCACAUGCUUCUUAAACAAUUAAUCCAAAAAAAGUUAAACUCAGAUAUGGCUUCUCUCCUCCAUGUCCUUUGGUCCACUGUUUGGUGUAUGUCUCGCUCACCCUCUUGAAGGUCCCUGAUCGUUCUAUCUAAAGACUGCAUCAGCAUGGGCACGCUUGUCUCAGACUGACUUCAACGUUACUCAUUUUAAAAGCUUUUGGUUGGAUUCUCUCUCUUGCUGUAAGCUCAGGUAGCACCUCUCAUGCCAUGUUUCAUUUAUUUGAAUAUUAACUUUGUCCUGGAUGAUACAGUUGAAGUCGGAAGUUGACAAACACCUUAGCCAAAUACAUUUAAACGCAGUUUUUCACAAUUCCUGACAUUUAAUCAGAGUAAAAAUUUCCUGUCUUAGGUCAGUUAACAUCACCACUUUAUUUUAAGAAUGUGAAAUGUCAAAAUAAUAGCAGAGAAUGAUUUAUUACAGCUUUGAUUUCUUUCAUCACAUUCGCAGUGGGUCAGAAGUUUACAUACACUCAAUUAGUAUUUGGUUGCAUUGCCUUUAAAUUGUUUAACUUGGGUCAAAUGUUUCAGGUAGCCUUCCACAAACUUCCCACAAUAAGUUUGGUGAAUUUUGGCCCAUUCCUCCUGACAGAGCUUUUUCAGUUCUCCCCACAAAUUUGAUGGGAUUGAGGUCAGGGCUUUGUGAUGGCCACUCUUAUACCUUGAAUUUGUUGUUCUUAAGCCAUUUUGCCACAAUUUUGGAAGUAUGGAAGUAUUUAUUUGCGACCAAGCUUUAACUUCCUGACUGAUGUCUUGAGAUGUUGCUUCAAUAUAUCCACGGAAUUUUCCUUCCUCGUGAUGCCAUCUAUUUUGUGAAGUGCACCAGUCCCUCCUGCAGCAAAGCACCCCCACAACAUGAUGCUGCGUCCUCCAUGCUUCACGGUUGGGAUGGUGUUCUUCGGCUUGCAAUUCUCCUUUUUCCUCCAAACAUAGUCAUUAUGGCCAAACGGUUCUAUUUUUGUUUCAUCAGACCAGAGGACAUUUCUCCAAAAAGUGCGAUCUUUGUCCCCAUGUGCAGUUGCAAACCGUAGUCUGGCUUUUUUUGUGGCUGUUUUGGAGCAGUGGCUUCUUCCUUGCUGAGCGGCCUUUCAGGUUAUGUCUCUAUAGGGCUCAUUUUACUGUGGAUAUAGAUACUUUUGUACCUGUUUCCUUCAGCUUCUUCACAAGGUAUUUUGCUGUUCUGGGUUGUAUGCACUUUUCACAAUAAAGUACGUUAAUCUCUAGGAGACAAAACACAUCUCCUUCCUGAGCAGUAUGGCGGCUACAUGGUCCCAUGGUGUUUAUACUUGCAUACUAUUGUUUGUACAGAUGAGCGUGGUACCUUCAGGCAUUCGGAAAUUGUUCCCAAGGAUGAACCAGACUUGUGGAGGUCCACAAUUUGUUUCUGAGGUCUUGGCUGAUUUCUUGGGAUUUUCCCAUGAUGUCAAGCAAAGAGGCACUGAGUUUGAAGGUAGGCUUUGAAAUGCAUCCACAGGUACACCUCCAAUUGACUCAAAUGAUGUCAAUUAGCCUAUCAGAAUCUUCUAAAGCCAGGACAUAAUUUUCUGGAAUUUUCAAAGCUGUUUAAAGGCACAGUCAACUUAGUGUAUGUAAACUUCUGACCCACUGGAAUUGUGAUACAGUGAAAUAAUCUGUCUGUAAACAAUUGAUGGAAAAAUGACUUGUCAUGCACAAAGUAGGUGUCCUAACCGACUUGCCAAAGCUAUAGUUUGUUAACAAGAAAUUUGUGGAGUGGUUGAAAAACAAGUUUUAAUGACUCCUACCGAAGUGUAUGUAAACUUCCGACUUCAACUGUACGUGUGGUAGCUAGUUAUAUUUGUAAAGUGUUCAUUAUAGUGUUAAAAUCUUGUUUUGUUUAUGCAUCUAUCUGCCACAUGGGGUAAAGUUGGGCUUAAUCACUAUAAUAAUUUGCCCUCAGGUAUCAUAUAGACCUGCUAAUCAUGGGUUGUUGGACCUUUACAAUUUCCGGAAAUUGAUGUCCUCGUAAUGCCUAGAUUAGGACUCUUGAUUCGAGCCAUAACUGCUUCCUUUAUCCUUUCGCUGGCAAUCACUGAUGCACUACAAUGUAUUAGCACUGAUCAGAGGUCAGUGACCGCAAGGCGAAAUGGAAGGACAUGGAAUACACUCUUCGAAGAGGUUGAUGUCAAGGAAACCACAUCCUCUUAUCCAUUGGUAGUUAAUACACCUCUAGAGGCUUAUCUAUUGGGUAGACAUUUUAUGAGCUGAAAAAAGUGUUGUGGAGGUUUGUGGAAGGUUAAAUUGUGAAGAGGUGAGUUUGUCCUGUUUUUAUCGUUCUAAUUUGAAACGCACGGCUUAUUCUCUCCCCCUUCGAUCUCUCAAUGUGUCUCUCU